CAGCUGGCCUCAGUGUUCAGCGGUUCAGCCUCGCAUCCAUCCACCCUGUUCAAUGCCGGCCUGCUGCCUGGUCGCGAGCGCGAGCUAAAAGCAGCGUGACAUGUCCAAAAUUAACUUAAUUCACCGUCAUUUAUGAGCUGCUUGUCCGAUAGAAACGUUCAGCGGGUGCUCGGAUAGCGUAAAAACGUAAAGCUGUUGCCAUGAUUUCUUUAAGUAACGUGUUAAGCCUACAAGGUCAGGUACUCCUUCCCCUGAGUCAUGUGGCUUCGAUUGUGGCUGGGGCUCGAAGUAGCACAACGAAGCCUGCCACCAAACACACUCGGCAACACUUGAAGAAUGCCAGCAACAGGAACAUACUCUGUCCUGACAGCUUCAGCAACGUGCUGUCAUGGCUUCCCAAGUCGUGCUUGCAGGAGUUGACCUGUCUUCCAACAAUUGAACUGGCUCUCAGAGACCUGGCACUGUCGGGCAGAGUGCACAGCCAAAAACGAGGGGCUGCCUGGUCCGUUUCAUACAAGUCUGCCGACAGCUUCUUUGAGAACAAGCAUGGUUUUUCCAAAGACCAGCUAAGGACUGGGGCCCCUCUUUUGUCCUGCUUGUUUCUGAGUGCUCAUUCCUCCAAUCUCUUCUCGCCACUGAUGAGGCCACUGCAAGUACAUCAGGUCCGGGGCUUCAAGACGAAGAGUCCCAGGACUAUGGAUUCCGCCUCUGCUCUUAGCUUGAAAGCUCCAGACCUCAACGAGAGAUUCCUGGCACUUCGCACAAGGAAGGACAAGGACAAGCAAAAAGUCUACACAGAAGUGGAGCAGAAUGAAAAACUCAAAUCGCUUUUGACAGAUGAGAAUCUCACCAGUGAAGAGCAGCAGAGGCUCAGAGUGGCAUUUGCCGAAGGCUACCUGGCAUCUGACCCCAAAACACGCCCCAACACAAAGCUGCGCAUUUUCAACAUCUUUCGAGACCUGCUGGGCAUCAUCCUGAUUCUGGCCAUCCUUUUCUCCUUCAUGGGGGGCCCCUUCAGGCGAGUGCUAAUAGGCACAACGAACGAGGUCCUGCCCGAAGACAUUGAAGUCACUUUCGACGACGUCAAGGGGGUGGACGAAGCUAAGCAGGAGCUUCAGGAGAUCGUGGAGUUCCUGAGGAAUCCAGAAAAGUUCUCUUCUCUUGGUGGCAAACUGCCCAAGGGAGUGCUUCUGGUGGGUCCCCCGGGGACGGGCAAGACCCUUCUGGCACGCGCAGUGGCUGGAGAGGCCAACGUGCCUUUCUUCCACGCGGCGGGCCCCGAGUUCGACGAGAUCUUGGUGGGCCAGGGAGCCAGGCGUGUCAGGGACCUUUUCAGUACGGCCAAGAUGCGGGCCCCCUGCGUGGUGUUCAUAGAUGAAAUCGACUCCGUCGGCGCAAAACGAACGAACUCGGUGCUGCACCCUUAUGCGAAUCAGACCAUCAAUCAGCUGCUCACAGAGAUGGACGGGUUCAGGCAGAAUGAAGGAGUGAUUGUACUUGGAGCGACUAACCGUCGAGAUGACCUUGACAAGGCGCUGCUGCGGCCGGGGCGCUUCGACGUGGAGGUCCAGGUGCCCGUGCCGGACCUGGUGGGGCGCAAGGAGAUCUUGCAGCUGUACCUGGGCAAGGUCAAGAUGGCCAAUGACGUCUCGGUGGACAUGCUGGCCCGGGGAACCACGGGCUUCACGGGCGCCGACCUCGAGAAUCUGGUGAACCAGGCCGCGCUGCGGGCCGCCAUCGAUGCCGCCGAAGCCGUCUCCAUGAGCUACCUCGAGAAUGCCAGGGACAAGGUUCUGAUGGGGCCGGAGCGCAAGUCCCGCAUCCCGGACGAAGAGGCCAACCUGAUCACGGCCUAUCACGAGGGGGGCCAUGCCCUGGUGGCACACUACUCCAAGGACGCACACCCCCUUCACAAGGUCACCAUCAUCCCCAGGGGACCCUCUCUUGGACAUACUGCCUACAUUCCCGAGAAGGAGCACUACCACGUCACCAAGUCGCAAAUGCUGGCAACGAUGGACACCCUGAUGGGAGGUCGGGCAGCGGAGGAGCUCAUCUUUGGCUCUGAAAAGAUCACUUCAGGUGCCUCGAGCGAUCUCCGGCAAGCCACGGCCCUCGCAACCAACAUGGUGAAAGAAUGGGGGAUGUCCGAGAAGGUUGGUGUAAGGACGUUCGAGGAAGAUCGCAAUUCGCUGAUCGUCGUCAACGAGCUGUCUCCGAAUACGUCGGAAAUCAUUGACACAGAAAUCAAGCGGAUACUUCAUGAAUCCUAUGAGCGUGCCAAAAGCAUUCUGAAGACUCAUCAAAAGGAGCACAAGCUGUUGGCUGAAGCACUGCUCAAGUAUGAGACUUUGGAUGCGGAGGAUGUGAAGCAGCUUCUCAGUGGGAAAGACCUAGCCCAACUUCGCAAAAGGGUGUUGAAGGAGUGAGAAAUCGUUGGUGGGAUCGCUUGAAGGGAGAGAAACGAGUGCGGAAUGCAAGCACCAGGUAGAAAUCUACUUUCCCAGUACCCCACCGGAGAAGUCCUGCUGUUUUCAAGAAAGAUGUUUAUGCACCCAUUGUUGUAGUGUGUGAGCCUCACCCAAACAUUUCUGUACCUACCGAAAAUGUGUUAAUAGAAGAGGGGCAAUAGAGUACUUGCAAAGUAAACCUGGAGGCACUUACCUGAGAUAAGAAACUGUUGACAUCAUUGCUUCCUAUUUUGGCAAGUAAUUGAGCUGUCCGUGAGAGCACAAAAUCACCCGCUAAUAUUGCCUGAAAAAUUAUGUUGUUUAGGGCACCAGUUUAUAGACUACACUCGGACAAAAAAUGUUCUUUCUUGCCAACCUUGGAAAGUUAUUUGCUCGUAAAAUGUUAAUAAUGCAAGCUUCUUUUUGCUUUUUUUAAGGGGUUUUGUUUCAAAGAUUAUUUGCACAAAGGUGCCCUUUGUCAGGUAUGUUGAGUUGUAAACAGAUGAAGCAUAAGCAAUAUCAAGAGUAAAGAUGUAUUUGUCACUAC